UACAAAUCAUCAGAGAAAUCAAGACUACGUAACCUGUGCCUUCGUUGAAAAAGUCUACUUGUUGGAGUCCGUCCAUGAUCCACCUAUACCAAGAUGCAGCCAUUUAAUAUGUUUACUUUUCUUCUUUUUUUCUUAAGCAUUUUUGCAAUUUUUCGAGCUGAGGCAUUCUUCUGUGACUUUGAGACAGAUUUGUGUGGCAUUACUCAAGAUAAUUCGGAUACUGGCGAUUGGGUUAGGAUUUCUUACACCACGGGGCGCUACGAAUAUAGACGCCAAAAUCUACCACUAAAUGAUCACACUUUUGGUAACAGUACAGGACAUUAUAUGUUUAAUACACGACGACAGUAUGAGAGCAUUUUUCGAUUGGUAUCACCCACCCAGGCAGUCCAGUCGACCAAUAACAACACAGUAAUGUGCCUCCAGUUCUGGUAUUACAUGCAAGGUAAUACGGCAGAGCUAAAUGUGUACUUACGGAUCAACUCCAGUGUUUUAGGCAACCCGGUAUGGUCGCGAUCCGGAAACAGAGGUAGUAUUUGGCGCGCAGCCCAAGUUCAAAUUCAAGAGAACUCUACGUAUCAGGUAAUAUUUGAAGGCUCAAGGCAAUGGUGGGGUGGUGAAAGCAUUGGUAUCGAUGACGUCAUGAUAAUUAAUUCCUCUUGUCAAGCGAGAGAUGAUAAUCAUGAUGUCAAGAAUGUAUCGUGUUCGUUUGAGACGUGGAAUCUUUGUGGUUAUUCCCAAGAUCUGUCAGAUGAUUUUAAUUGGCAUGCACACAAUGGUGCUACAGCGACGAUCGGAACUGGACCAUCACGUGAUCAUACUCUCGGGAGUGAGCUUGGAUUCUACAUGUACGUUGAGACAAGUGUUUACCCACGAAUUGAAGGCCACAAGGCUAGGCUAAUAUCACCAGUAUGGACAGCCACGAAAUUCGAACAGUGUAUUGAAUUUUGGUAUCAUAUGUAUGGAUCUGAUGUAGGAGCGUUGAGUUUAUACAUUCGGCCCGUGGGCAGUACAUUGCCUGCCUCUCCGGCAGUAAGACUUGUCGGGCAUCACACGAAUAUUUGGCUCCGAGCUACGUAUGUCAUGAACUUGACUGGAAGUUUUGAGCUUGUUUUUGAGGCAUUUCGUGGAUCAGGUAUUUAUGGGGAUAUUGCCAUCGAUGACGUACUUAUCCAUGAUGCUCCGUGUGCAAACAAGACGAAGGAACUGAUUGCUGAACCUUUAGAAUUCCACAAAGCCGACUGCAACUUUGAAUAUGAAGAUUUGUGUAACUAUACACAGGACAUAUACGAUGACUUCGACUGGAUACGCAAACAAGGCCCAACGACAUCUAGGCAGACGGGUCCUGAAACUGAUCACACGUACAGAAACGAAUUUGGUCACUACAUGUAUAUUGAGGCAUCUCAGAGAAGAGCGGGUAUGACUGCAAGGCUUAUGACGCCGAUCCUCACAAACGAAAACACUAACACGUGUGUCUUUUUCUACUACCAUAUGUACGGGCAAAGGAUUGACUUUUUGAAAGUUUAUAAAAAAGAUUUCGGUGGUGGUCUGCCAGUGGAUCCACUUUUUGUGCGCCAUGGUAACCAAGGAAAUAUAUGGAAGUCUCAGAAAGUUGAUAUUGAAGGACAAACAGAAUAUUUUCAGAUUGUAUUUGAAGGCUCAGUUGUUGGUAAUAUAUAUGGAGACAUAGCUAUCGACGAUAUUGUAUUUCACAAUACAAGUUGUGACAAAGUGAAAGUACUCUCUGUCUUUAAUUCGACAACUGACUGUAACUUCGACGACAACCGCAACAACGCAUCUCUAUGUGGUUUCAUACAGUCGACAAGUGAUGACUUUGAUUGGCAGUUGCGUAAUGGUUCGACCGACUCCACAGCAACGGGACCGUCUGCAGAUCACACCCACGGUGAUACCAAAGGGCAGUAUCUUUACAUCGAAGCAUCAAAUCCACGCCGUCCAAAUGAACGAGCCAAAAUAGUGUCCCCGCUCAUCGAGCCCGCUGACCACUUGCUGUGUUUCAAGUUUUGGUACCACAUGAAGGGGGAGCACGUGGGACGGUUGAAUGUGUACCGAAGAUUAGAGGGAUCGAUGAGGAGUGAAUGGUUGUGGACGAUCAAUGGUGACCAGAGCGACCGAUGGAUUGAAGCUAUGCUUCCGAUUAACUACUAUAGCAAUAGAGACGACUUUAUCGAGACAAAUAUGAGGAUAAUUUUGGAAGGUGUUAUAGGGACUGGACAUCUAGGAGACAUUGCAAUAGAUGACAUCAAGCUGGAGUCUCACUACUGCUUUCCGUCAGACACCACAGUAGUAACAUUGUUAGCCUGUGACUUUGAGGCUGGUAUAACAAAAUGUGGGUUCUCUCAGGACUUAAGUGAUGUAUUCGACUGGAAGACUUUUAAUAUUUCAGAUGAAAGUCAGCCCGGUUUUGUAAAUUACGCGAUAGCCAUUGGACGUCAAAACAAUUUUGCCUACCUCAAUAUGGCUGGGAGAAAGAAAGGUGAUUUAGCCACUCUUGCUACCAUGACAACCACAUCUAACGGUACACAACGGUGCCUAUCUUUCAAAUAUCUUAUGCAAGGAGAUGUACAGCAACAACUUAACGUCUAUUCUUUGGACUCCAGCGAAGCUCUCGGUUUAAUAGGAGUCAUGCCGAACAAAAGAACCAGCGAAUGGAAAAAGUGCCAGUUCGAAUUACCAGUUGACCAAGACAUGUCAAAGAUUUUGUUUGAAGGAGUCGUCGGAUUUGAGCCAAAGGGCUUCAUUGCACUGGAUGACGUCACUAUUAACAUUGGUGGCUGCAUAAUAGCUACGACCUUGCCAGACAACAAUGUGCCUUCUAAGCCCACCGUACUCGGGAAUGACGGGAUCGGAGUUGCUGCGAAACUAUUCAUAUCUUUUACAAUUAUACUUAUAUUUCUGAUACUACUGGCUGUUGGCGUCAUGGGGAUCCGUCGAAAAUACAUCAAGAGAGCGAUGCAGACAGAUAUAAGAGAAAACCAAGCUAACAUCCAUUUCACCAAAGAUCAAAAUGUAUCGAGUGAUUUAGCUGUUGACAACCCUCACUAUGAGGUAACUCGUCUAGAUACUGCAUAGACAAGUCUGCCUAUUUUUUUUUAUCGAUCUAUUUUGCAUUCGCAUACAAAAAACAUUAUAUUAAUACCUUGAAAUGAAAAAAAGCUUGCAGUGUAUCACCCUACAACAUCCAUGACUUUCAACCCAAAGACUUUUCAAACUUAAUAAUGGCACUAUAGUCUUGACAUUAUAUCCACUUUAUUGCCUAUACCAGUGCAUAGGCUUUAGUAUGAAUGUUGGAAUAACCUGAACAAAGGUACCGUAAUACUGGCAGUGACAGGAAGAUACAGUAUAAAUUACUCCCUGCUGACUACUGUACAUUUCUUCUUUUUGUACAUAUUUUUGGUAUACAGUAUUAUCCCAUUGAAAAUGUGGUAAAAACAAAGUCGUUUAAAAAAUACAAUAUGCAAUUGACUUUUUUUUUUAUAUAUAAAAUUUAUUAUACGUAUAUUUCAGAAGUAUGCUCUCUUCUGCAGCAUAUAAUGUGCAUCAGCAUUACACAACUUUUAUGGGUUACCCUGGUCCUCUGCUGUAUCUUUUUGGAAAAGAUGUCAAUUUUAACGUUUGUAAAGUUUUUAAAUGUCUCCUUACUUAUUGCAUUGUAUUUUUUCUUUCUCCACCAAAUAAACAAUUUUAAAAAUUAAGUUGCAGUGACUGUAUUUUCAGACCAUGAUCAAAAACAGAUACUGGUUUUUAUACAAAUAUUCGUGUGAAUUUAUGAUAAUGGUGUUUAUAUGAGCUAAUUAUAAUCUACCUUUGGUAUUAAAACAUGCAUAACUAUAAAAAAA